UGGUGGCAACACUGAAAGCUGAAUACAAUUUUACAUCAAACCGGCUAAUCCGCUAAGAUAUUAAGAUUCCUUGAAAGGAUUAUGGAUAUUUUCAUCCUUUCAGAUAAAUAAAUAAAAAUUAUUGUUCCUAAUUUCGGAAUUGGUCUAAACCUGGCCCGCGUUAUGAGAAAUUAAAACUUGAAAUACUUGCGUCAAUGUUGAAACAACAACAGUGCACACAGCAAGUGUAAAUUGUAAUUGGAAAUGGCGGGAAUUAAAUCUCUGGCAGUAAGAGGAAUUAGGAGUUUUGGACCAGAGGAGUGUGAUGAACAGCGUAUAUCGUUUGAAAAACCUCUGACUUUAAUAUUAGGACAGAAUGGUUGUGGCAAAACUACUAUUAUUGAAUGCUUACGAUAUGCAAUAACUGGUCAGAUGCCGCCGGGAAGCCGCAAUGAAUGUUUUGUGCACGAUGCAAAAGUAAAUAGAUCCACGGAGGUUAUGGGUCAAGUCAAGUUGAAGAUUAUCAAUGCUAAAGAUAAACAAUUAGAAGUCUCAAGGUCCAUGAGAGUUACUGCCUAUCAAAACAAGAAACCUAAGUUUCAGACAUUAGAUUCAUUUCUUUCAGUAGUAGAUGACAAUGGUAAAACUAAGGAUAUAUCAUCGAGAUGUGCUGACUUGGAUUUUGUGAUGCAUGAAGAGUUAGGUGUGCCAAAAGCCAUUUUGAAUUCAGUGAUUUUUUGCCACCAAGAAGAUGCCAGUUGGCCAUUAGAUGAAGGAAAAAAAGUUAAGGAGAGGUUUGAUGAGAUAUUUGAUGCUGAUAAGUACAGUGAUUGUUUUGAUCGCCUUCGAAAAAUAAGAAAAGAAUAUGCAACUAAUAUCAAAUUAUUGGAACAAGGAGUAGCUCACUUAACAGAAAAAAAAGAAGAAUUGGACAAGAAAAAGCUAGAUGUUGUAAACACUGAGACUCGGAUAUCUGAAGCUGAGCUUAAAAUAUCUGAAUUAUCUCAAGAACUAAAACCUCUUACAGAGAAAAUCAACGCUAUUGAAACAUUACAGAAAAAUCUACUAGCUUUCGAAUCUAAGAGGGAUAAAAUAAAAACUAGAUUAGAACAAAAUAAGAAUGUAGAACAGGAUUUGAAAGAUUCCAUUCAAAGCAUUUAUGAAGGUUCACUGAUGGAACUCCAAGAAAAUAUAACCAACUAUGGAGCAACUGCUGAGACCAAACAGGCAGAGUUAGAGGAUUCAUACAAAAAAAACUUUUCAUUUAACAAGGAAGAGGAAAGAAUUGCUAAUGAAAAAACGUCAAAUGAAGUAAAGUACAACAAACUGAUCUUGCUAGAAAGUCAGAAUCAAGAUAAGAUUGAUAAAAGGAAUGUAAUGAUUGUUGAAACUGGAAAACUUGCUGAGAUUGAAUUGGAUAAAAUAGAAACAAAUGAGGAAGCAGCAAAUGGAAUACGCACUAUAAAUGAGAAAAUUGAAGAAUUACAAAACAAACUCAAGGAGCAAAAAGCAGCUUCUGAUCUUGAAGAGAAGGAACUUCAGAAACAUGUGGAUGAAUGUCGCGAUGCACUGUCACGUCACAAACAAAAAAUAUCCAAUAAAGAGUCAGAAAUACAAACAACUAAAAAGGAAAUAACUAAGAUACAAAAACAAAUAAAUGAUGCAAAUAAAUCUAAACUAAAGUUAGAGACUUUGGAAGAAAAACUUAAAACAGCUGAGGAAGAUUAUGAGAAAGCAGUUAAUGAAUUGAACCCCGAGGAGUGUCAAGCUGAAAUCAAUAGAGAUGAAAAACUUAUGGAGGAACAUGAAAACGAACUGGAACAACUUAGUGAAAAGGUUACAAAAUUACAAAAACAAAGUGCAAAGUUAAAAGAAAAGGAUAUGAUAGAAGAGUCGUUUAAACAAAAAGAGAAACAAUUAAAUGUUUUAAAAAAUAAACACAGAACUGCAAUUACGGAACUACUUGGAAGCAUGCCUGAGAAAAACUUUGCCAUAGCAAUAAAUAAACUAGACUGUGAGAUUAGAAAAGAGUUGGAGUCGAUGAAGAAGAAAAUAACAGAAAAACAAAAUGAGGCGACCCGGCUGGAGACGGAGCGGCGGCUGGCCCGCGAGCGGCUGGGCGAGCGGCGCGGCGCGCUGGCCGCCGCCGAGGACCGCGUGUACGCCGCCUGCGGCGCGCUGCCGCUGCCCGCCGCGCUCGAGCGCGCCGGCGCGGCGCUGGACCGCCUGCAGGAAGAACAAAAUGUACUCCAGUCGUCGAUGUUCAUUAUAACAAAAUAUAAAGGUCAGAUAAAAGAUAACAAGUGCUGCCCUCUGUGUAAUCGUGGAUUUGAUACCGAAACUGAGGUUACUGAUCUUAUAUCUCAGUUGACAACCCAAGUUUUGAAUGUACCCGCUCAAUUGGAGAAAGUCACAGAGGAGCUCCAGAAGACAUCUGCUAAAAAAGAUGACUUAUUGAGCUUGAGGUCGCUGAACGAUAAAAUAACUAGUCUAAAAGAGACUGAAAUACCGGAACUGGAAAAACAACUUGAGGACUUGGAUAAGCAAAUAUCGGGCCUAUCAGAGGAGGUGGAAGAGCUGUCAAUGAGUGCGGCGGAGCCCGAGAGGCGCGGCGCGGCGGCGAGGGCGCUGCUUGGAGACAUGCCGCUGCUCGACCGCUGUAUUGCCGAGCUCGACAAAGCUGCCAAGGACCUAGAAGCGAUAAAGGCAAAGUGCGGCGAUUUCGUAUCGGACAUAUCACUAGACGAGGCCACGAACAAACAGAGCGAGCUCCGCCAGAAGAUCAGCGCGUUGCGGGCGAGCGCGCGCUCGGCGCAGACGCGGCUCAACGCGCACAACCGCCGCCUGCAGGCCGCCGCGGACAGGAAGAACAAGCUGAAGGAGGACAUGCUCAACGUACAGAAAAAGGUACAAGAAUUGUGUAACUUGCAAGAGACACAAAAAACAAUGGAGUCAAAUAUUGAGAAAUUUACAUCUGAAGUGAAAGAGCUCCAAGGUGGAAUGGAGCCCUUAGAAUUAGCACUUGUGGAAAAGGAGAAAAUAAAGACUGAGGCUGUGAAGAAGAAUAGGUCAGAAAUCGAUAUGAAGAACAGUUAUAUAGUUAAAGUAACAAACGCAUAUGAUAAGUUGAGGGCAAUUGAUUUAGAAAUAAGACAGCAUAAAGAACGAAACCUCCAAAGGGAAAUGGAUAAAAUAACAGAAGCCAAUGAGAAAUUAUUAGCGAGACAAAAACAAAUCAUGAAUGAUCGAGACACUCUCACUAAGAAGAUUGAUAGCUUGAAAGAUGAAUUAGCCAAGCAGGCGAUUUACAAAAGAAACUUGGAAGAUAAUUUGAAACUACGUACAGCACAAAAAGAGAUAGAGACUUGUGAAAAAGAAUUGGCAGAUAUAAAUGAGAAGCUUAGUGGAGUAAAUGUGGAAAUGAUCUCAGAAAAGGAACCCCUGAUAAUACAACAAACCAAAAUAUUUAGGGAAAAAGCACAAACAGAGGGUAAACUUGGAGAACUAAAGGAAAGACUAAAACAAAAUAAACUGGAACUAAAGAAAUCACAAAAUAAGGACAUUGAAAAAAAAUAUAGAGAAAAAUUUUAUGAGCUACAUGUUAUCAAGGCGAUCGAUAAAGAUAUCAGAGACUACUCUGUUGCCUUGGAAAAAUGUCUGAUGGAAUUCCAUAGAGAAAAGAUGGAAAAUAUCAACCUUAUUAUCAGAUCAAUGUGGAGAAAAAUAUAUAGAGGUAAUGACAUAGAUUACAUCGAAAUAAAAACUGAAGGUAGUGUGACCGCCGACUCUGAACGUCGUAAAUAUGAUUACAGAGUGAUCCAAUGCAAGAAUGGAGUCGAGAUUGAUAUGCGAGGGCGUUGUAGCGCCGGCCAAAAGGUUUUGGCUUGUCUGAUAAUCAGAUUGGCUUUGGCUGAAACAUUCAGUUCCAGAUUUGGUAUCUUAGCCUUAGAUGAACCAACUACUAAUUUAGAUCAUGAGAAUAUUAAAAGCUUGUGUUCAGCACUCGGUGAAAUAGUUCAAGAAAGAAUGACACAGAAGAAUUUCAUGUUUAUAAUAAUUACACACGACAAAGAAUUUAUCGAAUCUCUAGGUAAUAUUGAUAAAGUUACACAUUAUUAUGAAGUUUCUAGAAAUGAGGAAGGAAAGUCUAGGGUGAAAAAAAUAAGAUUCUCUUAAAUAUAUCUACAAUUGUUUUGAAUACGUAUACUAAACAUAUUCAAAUCAUUCCUUA